GGCACAAGAAAGGGGCUGGGUGGUCUCUGCAGCUCGCCUCCGCUUAAAAAUUCCGGUUUACGAAGUGGCCCCAGGCAGCCUCAGCCCGGGGCUUCCGGCGCGGGGAGCGCGGCGAGGGACUGAUUCAACCAGGGACCGCGGCGCCGGGAAGGUCGCAGGCGAGGGGAAGGCCGCAGAGGGCCCAGCGUUCCGGCUCUCAGGUCCCGGGUGUUUACUUCGCUCCAGCCCGCUGCGUCGCGCGAUUGGGCGAGCCGCCUGCCAGUCGCUGGGGGACUUUCCCAGGGGUGGGGCGGCCCAGCCCCCGGCACUUCCUCGUCUUCUGCCCCAUCCCCCAGCCCCGGCCCCGGCCCAGGAGCCUGAGAGGCGCUGAGGGGCCGGCCCCUCGCCGGAGCUGCUGCCCUGUCUCCCCGGACCCGAGGCGGAGAGCGGGACGCCGUUCCCUCAGACGCCCGCCCUCAGUUUUGAAAACAUAGGCACUUGGAAAUUGGGGUAACACAGCUUACGAGUUGCAAGUCAGAUUUGAGCUCCGGCAUUUGGCUCCACAGGCCCUGCUGAACUGUCAUAUUUUGCAUGUACACUGUUGGAGACAUUUGUGUUCAUGUGCAGGCUGAGCUAUCCUCAUGGAAGGGAGAGGACCAUACCGGAUCUACGACCCUGGGGGCAGCGUGCCUCCGGGAGAGGCAUCCACAGCUUUUGAGCGCCUAGUGGAGGAGAAUUCCCGGCUGAAGGAAAAAAUGCAAGGGAUAAAGAUGUUAGGGGAGCUUUUGGAAGAGUCCCAGAUGGAAGCAUCCAGACUCCGGCAGAAGGCAGAGGAGCUGGUGAAGGACAAUGAGCCGCUCCCACCACCUUCUCCCUCCUUGGGCUCCUUCGACCAGCUGGCCGAACUCACAAGAAUGGACACAAACGUCCCAGCAACUCCCACUGCCCCUACAUGCCCCAGUGACAAGCCAGCACCAGCCCGGAAGCCUCCAUCCAGCGGCACCUCCUCUGAAUUUGAAGUGGUCCCCACUGAGGAACAGAAUUCUCCACCAGAGAGUAGCGGCCGCACCAACACAAUGAUGUAUUGGAGAACAAUUGUGAAAGGUCUAGAAGAUUCUUCAAAGUUCUUAAAUUCCUUGCCUUCUCCUUCUUCCCUCCUCACUUUGAAGGAGCUGGGCCCCCUGCCCCACGAGGACAGCAACCUGAUGCUGCACCUGCAGCGCCUGGAGACCACACUGAGCGUGUGUGCGGAGGAGCCAGACCACAGCCAGCUCUUCACCCACCUGGGCCGCAUGGCCCUCGAGUUUAACCGGCUGGCCUCCAAGGUGCACAAGAAUGAGCAGCGCACCUCCAUCCUGCAGACCCUGUGUGAGCAGCUUCGGAAGGAGAAUGAGGCUCUGAAGGCCAAGCUGGACAAGGGCCUGGAACAGCGGGAUCAGGCUGCUGAGAGGCUGCGGGAGGAAAAUAUGGAGCUCAAGAAGUUGUUGAUGAGCAGUGGCAACAAAGAAGAUGCCUCCGGGUGGCCACUCUCACCAAAGACGGAAGGUGCAGGCAAGAAGGAGGUGGCCGGACAACAGCAGGCUAGUAUGACGGCGAGUAAGGGUCCAGAGGUGGGGGCCUUGGGUGCAGCCGAGAAGAAGGUGAAGAUGCUAGAGCAGCAGCGCACUGAGCUGCUAGAAGUGAACAAGCAGUGGGACCAGCAUUUCAGGUCCAUGAAGCAACAGUAUGAGCAGAAGAUCACUGAGCUGCGCCAGAAGCUGGCGGACCUACAGAAGCAGGUGACUGAGCUGGAGGCUGAGCGGGAACAGAAACAGCGUGACUUUGACCGAAAGCUCCUCCUGGCCAAGUCCAAGAUUGAAAUGGAAGAGACCGACAAGGAGCAGCUGACAGCAGAGGCCAAGGAGCUGCGCCAGAAGGUCAAGUACCUGCAGGAUCAGCUGAGUCCACUCACCCGGCAGCACGAGUACCAGGAAAAGGAGAUCCAGCGGCUCAACAAGGCCCUGGAGGAGGUGCUGAGCAUCCAGGCCCCUCCUUCAUCUCCACCAACAGCAUUUGGGAGCCCAGAAGGAGUAGGGGGCCUCCUAAGGAAGCAGGAGCUGGUCACGCAGAAUGAGUUGCUGAAACAGCAGGUGAAGAUCUUCGAAGAGGACUUCCAGAGGGAGCGCAGCGAUCGGGAGCGCAUGAACGAAGAGAAGGAAGAGCUGAAGAAGCAGGUGGAGAGGCUGCAGGCUCAGGUCACCCUGUCAAACACUCGGCUGAAAGCUUUCAAAGAUGAGGAGAAGGCCAGAGAAGCCCUCAAACAGCAGAAGAGGAAAGCAAAGGCCUCAGGAGAGCGCUAUCAUGUGGAGCCCCACCCGGAGCACCUCUGCGGGGCCUACCCCUAUGCCUAUCCACCCAUGCCAGCCAUGGUGCCUCACCAUGGCUUUGAGGACUGGUCCCAGAUCCGCUACCCCCCACCCCCCAUGGCUAUGGAGCACCCAGCCCCACUUCCCAACUCACGCCUCUUCCAUCUGCCGGAAUAUACCUGGCGCCCACCCUAUGGAGGAAUUCGGAAUCAGAGCUCCCAAGUGAUGGACCCGCCCACAGCCAGGCCUGUAGAACCAGAGCCUACAAAAAAUGACCGAGAGGGACCUCAGUGAGACCAGAUCACAUCCAUUUGGUUCCACUUUCGUCUUGCAGAGCCAACUGACCUCAAAGUACCCAAAAAGCAAAGGCCACGCCCUCUGUGUGGCCAGAGCCUCAGCUGGACAGGGGGCUGAGAUGGGUGGCCAGCUUGCACCCCCAGCCUGACUGAACUGUUUACAGGACUAGGGAGGCUCUGCCUGGAAGGCUUCCAUUUGGGCUCCGCCUCUGGGAGUUUCCAGGAACUCACUACCCUGCUGCUGCGUGGAGAGGGCCUCAUUCCAUUCGGCUUAGACCUGCCAUCCUUUGCUGAAACCUCCAGAAGACUGAAACCUCAUUUGAAUAGGGUGUACUUGAGACCUCUUCCUUGGGAACUUCCUAGAAGUGUUCUAGCCCUUCCGAGGUGUAUAUCGGUUCUUGUGUGUGUUUAAUUUCUGCUUCAAGUUCUGUAGCAGGACCUGCCUAAUGCCCAUCCUUACCCUUGUGUGAGGAGUUGUGGGAAGAGCUGGGGCUUUCUCCAGAGGGAAGAGAACAGGAUGUCCUGGCUCUGGUGCCUUCUUCACCUGCCUUCAGAGUAGUAGCCUUGCCAGAGCCAUCGAGCUGGAAUGAAGGCCAUGCCAGCCACAUCUACCGAGGGGCUAGUGGAAAGCUGGCCAGAAGCUGCCAGGCCCUGAAGUCUAAGCCCUCAGCCCCGCAGCUAGAGAGAGGGCUGUAGUGCCAGAGACCCAGAUUGAGAUGGUUGUCUGUUCCUGGGCAGCUGUUUGCACGAACUUUGGACAUAAAUCCAAGUUGAAAAUCAACAUUCUGUGACUUGUGUUCAUUUAUUCCCUGACUAAUGUUCCCUUUUCAGCCAGAGCGACCUCUCCUCCUCUGCCCUUCCCCCAAUCUCCCUGAGCGCAUGUCACUAUUACCCUUGGCUGAUAGCCCUGGGGCCUGCUCAGAGCCUCCCUGAGGGUGGGACAUCUAGACAGCUGAGAGAGCCUGGCCCAGAGGUUGGGAGACCUGGGUUUAAUUUCCAGUCCUGCCCCUCACUCAUCGGGAGACCUGAGGCAAGGCCUGGCCCUACUCUGAGCCUCGGUUUCUUCAUCUGUAGAUGGAACAGCUCAUUUUAACUCUCCAUCUUGGAGAAUUGUGGGAGGAAGUGAGAGUAGAUGUGAACUGGUUCCAUAAACUCAAAAUGCCAAGAGAAGCAGAAUAGACCUAGGUAGAAGCCACAGAGCAGGGACCCAAAGUGUUCCCUCAUUUCUCUUCUUGCCUUCCCUUUUUUUUUUUGAGACAGUCUCACUAUGGUGCCCUCAGUAGAGUGCGGUGGUGUCACAGCUCACAGCAACCUCAAACUCUUGCCUCAGUCUGCCAAGUAGCUGGGAUUACAAGUGCCCUCCACAACACUCGGCUGUUUUUUUGUUGUAGUUGUCAUUGUUUAGCAGGCCUAGGCCAGGUUCAAACCCGCCAGCCCCGGUGUAUGUGGCCGGCACCUUAACCACCCUUGGUGGUUUUUUAUUUAUUUAUUUAUUUUGAGCCACCUAACACUGUCUCAAAAAAAAAAAAAAAAUAGAUGGGAGGGCAAGAAGAGAAAUGAGGGAACACUUUAGGUACCUGCUCUGUAGCUUCUUCUGAGGUCUAGGCGCCAAGCCAUUGCCCUCCCCAUCUCCCGCCCAGGCUGGGGUGGCCACCCUUGAGGAAGCACCACAGGAAGCUCAGCUGCUGCAGAAAGGCCUUUACUGGGCAGACGGGUGUGAGUCCAAUGCCAAUGGACCAGGGUGAGGGGAGAGGGCACGUCCUCCAAAGGAGCAGGGGUGGCAUCCCUGCCUAGGGGCCUUAGCCUGAAUGCACUAAGGGCCGGCCCCACAGACAGGCUCAGGGGAGGUCCGCCCAUGAGGGCUUCGGGCCCCUCCCUCAUGGAGACACCGCCCCUGACUUGGAUACGUGGCCCUCACUCUCACAUCUGCCUUGGCUGAUCUCAGGGAGAACAGGGGAGUGGGGGAGAAGACUUGAGAGGGCCCUUCAGGAAGGAGGAGAGGGAUUGGGCAGUGUGGCAGACCCAGAAGCCUCUGGGCACUUCAAUGGUAGUGGGAGAUGCUGGUCCCACGUCUGAGGUCCAGGUCAGGGAGGACCUAGAGGCGGGUUUUACUUUAGGCUUAGAUUUAAGUGAAUUAUUGGAACAAAGAACUGGAAAGAAAGGGAUAGUAUUCUUCAGUACCAUACACCACACACUGUGGGUCCCCCAAAUAGUCACACAGAUAGACACAUGUGGCUGGACGCCCAUCAUGUGCACA